AGAUGUACUGAGUUAAAAAAAGAGGAAAGCGACCAAAAGCCACACAUGCCAACAAGACUGGCCAUUCUGUGAGGAGCUGUGCACUUUACUGACUACUGAGGGACAACCAAGGAGGGAGAACAUCAAGGGGCAAUGAGCACAAGAGUGUCCAGCAGCCAUCUCCACUGAAGAGGUCAGCCUUCUGAGUCCCCCAUCACACUUGAUAUUGCUAGUGGUGGACGAGUUGUCCGGUUUUUAGUGAGUGCUGCUCUCUGUUCUCAGCCACUGGGAGACCUGAACAGCUUUCUUCAGGCAAAGGUAGUAGUUUGGGGCAAAACUAUGGAAUCGUUUUUGAAAACGAACAGUGUCCUCACCAACGUGUCAAGUGGGUCUUUGAGUAACAUCUCUUCUCACCUGCAUAAAGAGCCAUACCUCCACAAGCUGGCACAUCUUGACGAAGACCUCUACAAUGAGUUCUACACUUUGUGGAUCGCACUCUUGAUCAUCAACGCUUCCAUGUUUGUUGUGGGCAUCCUUCUGAACAGCUUGGCACUGUACGUCUUCUGCUUUCGUACGAAACCCAAGACCACCUCCGUUAUCUACACAAUCAACCUAGCUGUCACUGACCUCCUUGUUGGUUUCUCCUUGCCAACACGUGUCAUCAUGUACUACAGCGGUGGGGAAUGCCUCACUUGCUCCUUUGUUCAUAUUUUCAGCUACUUUGUCAACAUGUACUGCAGCAUCUUGUUUCUCACAUGCAUCUGUGUUGACCGCUACCUGGCCAUUGUCCAAGUGGAGGCCUCUCGUAAAUGGAGGAACCCAAACUAUGCCAAGGGCAUCUGUAUUUUUAUCUGGCUCUUUGCCAUUGUGGUGACCUACUCCAUUUUAACAACAGCCAUCAAGUAUGCCUCCUGCUGCCUCUCCAAACUCUUUGCCUUGACCGUUUUUGAGUUCUUCUUGCCACUGAUCAUCAUUGUGGUUUUCACCGUCCGCAUAAUGUGUGCGCUUGCCAGUCCCAACUUGAUGCAGCAAAGCCGCGAGCGGAGAAAGCGGGCUGUCCAGCUUCUCAUCACUGUCUUGGUCAUCUUCAUGAUCUGCUUCACUCCUUUCCAUGUGCGCCAGGUACUGGUUUAUGCCUAUCCCAACUUACCCCAUCACAUUAGUCUCAUUGUCUACCACAUCACUGUUACGCUCAGCAGUCUCAACAGUUGCUUGGACCCCAUCGUUUACUGCUUUAUCACCAAUAAUUUCCAGUCAACCAUGCGGAAUAUCUUCCGUAAGCCAGACCCGGAGCGGACCAGUGGAGACAUCCUGAGCAUGCAGAAAAGUUCCAAGGGCUCAGCAACAAUGACGGUGGUCAGUAACACACCAAGCCUUCUACUUGCCAAUACGGAAAUAUAAGGUCUUGUAAAUACUGCAGGUGUGACCACACAAUGUAUUUACAGGUCACUCACUUGGACAGAGAAACUGUUUGCUAAAAUGACGUUUCAGUAUAGCAGAGAGCGCCACUGCUGAAUGCAAGGAAAUGCCAGCUCUUCAAAAAUGAAAUAAUAUGACGGAAAUGAGAGAACCUGUGAUAAAGGCAGGCAGCCAGUAACUGGCCUCGGAGCACGUGGGGAAUAUAACUACAGCAAUACUUUUUUCUUUCCACAACAAAAACUUUAAAUAAUAAUGUUUUAUUUAUAUAAUACACUUCUUAAACACAAGGUCAAUGUUAAAAAGGUAAAUUGCAGUUAAACCUCAACAGCAGAAGUCUCGUAAAGCAUGGAAACUGUGUUUUCUUUUAUUUUACCAAGCCUAUUAAUAGUUUGGCUUUUUUAUAUUUUGACAGUUUUCUAAUAUAAAGCUUUAAAAAUGUCACAUAUCUAUAUUAUAUGUUCUCAAUAAGCUAUAUUGCUAUCAUAAACUAAGAAAAAUCCCCUAGUUUCACUCUAAUUCCCUAAUCCUCACCCUUUUCUUGCCUGCUUAUCGUCUUUAAGGUGUGGGGACCCCGUGCUUAUCACCGCAGUGUUGGGUCCAAGCCAGGAAACACCUUGAACAAGGUGCAAGUUCCUCUCAGGCCCCACUCACUCAUUGGCUGAAUUUAGAAUGGCCAAUCAAAAUAAAGUUCAUCUUCUUUGGGGUUUAGGAGAAAAGAAACAACAAAAGAUCUGGAGGAAUACUAAUGGAGAUUUGGAGUGAACCAUAAUUUGAAUCCAGGACUGUGGUGCUGUGAGCGUAACUACUGCCGUCACUGUUUUAAACUUUACUUCUAAAUCUUGGUUAAAUUGUGAUAUGAGAAAAAAACUUUAUUAAGCGGAUUACUAAACUGGCAAAGUUAAAAAACACAUGAACCCCUACUUCAAUUCUUAAAAAAAAAAAAAAUUAAGGCCAGUUAUUAAUUUAGUGACUUGCCCCUCCAUGUUAGAAGAGUCUGAAUUCCACUUUGCUAUGGCCACCAACAGAUUGUGCUGUCUUUUGUGCAAAAAUCUAUUUAGCUAUCUAUUUAUUGUAAAAGACAGGGGGCGCCACUGAGCCACACUAAACAGUCCCAGGUGUAAAAUAAAGGAUUUUCUUAUUAUUAUUCCAAACCAGUCCACAGCCUUUCAAUAAACAAUCUUGCUCUUCCUCCUCUAGGUGAGCUUUGUCUUCUGCCUACCGGCUAGACGUCACUUUUAUGUCAGACCAGGGGAUACUUCCGGUACUGGGGCUGAGGCUAAGGGAAGCACUUCUGGGUCAGACAGAAGCCUCCUGAAGCAGUGAGUCCCUCUCCCUGCAGCACUUAAGGACCCUGACACCCUCAGGACUCCAACUCCCAUACAUUCCCUUGGAAGUCCUUACUGGGUCCAUGCCAAAUGAGCACUGCCAUCUACCAUACUGGGAGAGGAUCUAUCUAUCUAUCUAUCUGUCUAUCUGUCUGUCUAUCUAUCUAUCUAUCUAUCUACCUAUCUGUCCAUUGCUUCGGUUUGGUGGUUAGGUUAGAGAGUUGGAGAUGGCCUGAGUAAGAUUGUGUAAUUGAACAGGAGCACUGAGAAGACAGUGAGAACUACUCACAUUUCAAAGUAGCAAAAUAUUGGCCCAUUAAACUACAAGGAUGCUGGCUCAACAGCUGCGUUUGAAUACUUUGUAUCAUGAGCAAGUUAUCCAGCUGUAAGGAAAAUAAUUUGUUCCUGGGCACUUGAACUACUGUACAUCUCUGCAUUCCUUAAACACCAGGGAAUGGCUGAGAGCAUUUUUGUUAUUUCUAAAACAUUCAUGUAUCUAUUCACUUUUAAAAAUGCGUAUCUAACUCAGGGAAACACCAUUAUUAAAAGUGUUUGUGCCCCAAGUUAAAAUGCUCGUCCGAAUACUGUCCAAGACAUGUACCUACACUCUUAAAAUAAAGGUAUCAAAGUGGUUCAUCAGGGGGAUGGCAUUGGAAAACCAUUUCUCGUUCCCAGAAGAACCCUCUCCAUGAAGUUUCCAGAAAGAACCUUUAUUUAUUUGUUUAGAUCUGUAACAGGCUCUAUAAAUAGUCAUGAAUAAAUGAAAACAGAUUUCUAAAACACCAACGGCUCAUGAUUUCAAAAGGACUCUCACUGCAUACAAUAACUUACGAUGAGUUUAGGUUUUUCAGCCUACUAUACAUUAAAGAUUUCUGUUUUGUCCGCAUAUUGGGAAUCUUUUCAAAGCCUAAAACACCCUUUUCAUAUGUAAAGAACCAUUUCCUAGAAUUAAAUUACUCUUUGCAAAGUGAUGGUUCUACAAGGAACCACAUAACUCAUUAAAGUGCCAUUUUUGAACCCUUAUUUUUAAGAGUGUAAGAGCCUGGACCAGAUAUUCUUCUAGUGAAGAGAGUGUCUGUUUGUCAGUCGAGUGAUACUAAGAGGAAGUGGGCCUUGUGGUGGACUGGCUUCAGCUUUGGUUCUUGUUUUUUAAAUAUCUAAUCUUGAUAUUCAAGAAGUAAUCAAGUAAUGACUUAAAAUAAAGGGGCACUAUUGCCACCUGUUGGCUGCUUUUAUUAUUAUUUUUAAUGUACAAACAGCACGUGUUGACCCAUUUAUUGUGCCAACUGAAAAUUAAUUCACACACCCAUCUACACUCUUAAAAAUAAAGGUGCCACAGCAGUUCUUCAUAGCGAUGCAAUAGGGGAAUUAAUCAGUUUAAGUUCUCAAAUGACCCCUCCUCAUGAAAGUUCCAGAAAGAUCCUUAAUUCAGAUCCAUUACAUAAAUCAUGAAUGGAUGUUAACAGAUUACUGAAAUACCAAUGGGUUGUGAUUUUAAAAGGACUCUCGCUGCAUACAAUAACACAGGCCAAGUCCUGGUUUUCUUAAUCUGUUAGUUUCCUCCUGGGUAGCCUAUAAUACAUUAAAAAUUUCACCCUUUUUUCUACAUAGUAGAACGUUUUCAAAGCACAAAAAUGAAACCUCCAUCCAUCCAUCCAUCCAUUAUCCAACCCAACUUCAUAUGCCAAAAACUCUCCAUAGAAUGAAACGGCUCUUUCUCAAUCAAUGGUUCUACAAAGCACUACAUAAUCCAGUAAAUACCAUUUAAAACCAUUAAAGAGCUAAGACUUUCAAGAGUGCAGGUUUCCUUCCAUAUUGAUGCUUCAUGAGUAUACUGCAAAUGUCACUGUUGAUAAAUAUAAUUCUGAUUGCUUUGGAAUAUUUGUUACUUUUGAAAAGGUCAGAUUAAUUCAUGCUGGUCCCCUUUAAAGUGCAGCACAGUGUGACAUCUUGUUGAGUUUCGAUUUGCAGGUAGGUGGCGUUUACGUCGAUGCAUGCAUCUGGAAGUUUUGUUUGUGAUUUGUUUAAAGGAAAACGCCACCCAAAAAUUCUAUUUUUUUAUAUGCUGUGUAGUGUUUGUGUUUUGCAGGGAUGGCUGAGAAAUUUUUUUAAUUACAUAUUUGAUGAGAAUGAAGAUUUUAUGAUAGAAAGUAAACCAAUGGUGACCAAUGCUAAACAACUGUGACCCAUAUGAAAUACAUCUCUUGUUGCACGUUUCCUCAUAACAUACAAAACAUAUGUAUUAUUUGCUACAGUAUAUUUAAAUAAAUAUUUUCAGAAAAGCCUGUAUACAUUAUGAAACAGAUGAGAUUGAGUUUCUGAAUUGAAGACAGGACUCUUGACCAAUGACUGAGGGGUAGGCGGGUCUUCAAUUACAAACUUCAGUCUCAAGUGGUCAAAUGGAAAAUACAGCAAGAAAAUAACCAGCCGCUGAUAAAAUUAGUAUGAAGUGACCAGCUACAAUUUUUAAACAAAUUUAAAAGCUUGCAUACUCCAGUGACCAGAUCGAAAUUUGUUUUAUUUCACAUUGUGCAUUAAUGUAUUGAUUUUUACAAGUAAUGAAAGCAAUAAGUAAUAAAGGAAAAUUUAAAAACACAUCUAGAUUGGAUCCCUCGUGCGCUUACUUGGACUAAUGACUGCAGUGACAAGAACUUUAUUUCAAUGCUCUUCCUGUUACUUUUAUUGAGUUUAUUUUUAUCUUUUAUGUAUCAAAAUAGUGUUUGUAUAUGUUGGAUGUGUAAACAUUAACUUUUUAAACUUAUUAACACUGUGCUUUACUACCUGUUUAUAAAUGAAUACUUAAUGUGUACAGUACAGUUUGUUGGUAUCACCUACCUUUUAUAUAUGCCGUAUAUUUAUAUACAUGGUUCGCACUUCUUUAACUUGCCGUUCCAGUAUGACAAGCAGACAGUGACUGAAAGCCACAGGUUUCUAUCCUACCACCCGACCUCCCUGAAGAUAUAAACCUCAAUGAGACAUCUUCAAUUUUUAGGAUGACCACUCACCAGCCAGCACUACCAGCCAUAAAGCUCUUUAGAUUUUCAGUUAUGACACAAAUGCAUCCUUAGAAUACUUCAAGCAAUUAAUUCAUUACAUUUCAGUGGAUCGCACGCUUAUUUUGCAAUUAAGGUUUUCAGUUUUGUACAUUGUUUUUUUGCACAGUAUGUGAAUAAACACCUAAGAAAAAAGGGAACAAAAUGAAUUUCGAAGCACCCUCACAUCAAAAGGGGUCAAAGGUAAUGAUGUGUUUGUCCCCAGUUAUGGACACAGGCCAUUUCAAAGGCCACUCAGCCACAAUUACAGCCACACCAGAUAACAAAACAGUCGCUGUCCUCUUUGAACUAGUUGUUGCUCUGAUCGAGAAAACAACUUCCUAUCACAUGAUCGACGAUGACUGCAUUGCACAGACCCACAGAGAAAACGUAAGGUUUACAAAAGAUCUGAGAGCCUUCACAGUUUGCCAACAAAUCACUCGGAAUGAAGGGAAAUGCAGUGAUCAGCUAGAAAAUGGCCUUUGUGCCCUAGAAGUUGCUUGUUUUAAUUGUUUAUGUGCAUUAUUUCAAUUUUUGGAACGUCAUUAUUUAAAACCCUGUAUUUGCUUAUUUUUUAAAACUAUUUUUGUGAGAUAUUAUAAAUUGAUAUACUAAUGCUGAACUUCCUCAUAUUUCAUGUCUCGUUUUUUAUUCAUUGUGCUGAGCGUGAAUAGUUUUAUUUAACAGUUGUUUUAUGCCAAUACAUAAUGUUAACCACUUUAAGAUACUGUAAAUGACUGAACCCAAAAAUAAGGUUCAAUUUAUUUCUAUUAUUUGAUUAUUCAAUUAUUUUAAUUGCCAACAAUUUUUCCAUUUUCAA